CAUGAAUGAGGCUAUUGUUCGUCCCCCAGACAUCUCAUGUGAUCCUGAUCAUCUUUGACACUGCCCAUCAUAUCCAUAUACUCCGCUUUUGGUUUCAUGGAACCUUCUAAAGGUGUCCAAAGGUAUAUAAACCCAUCUUACACUCACCCCUUCUGCACUCACUCACUCACUCCUACAUACAAUCAUGGGUUUCCUCGACGCCUUCUCUUCUUCCCAGACUCAGUAUGACAACUUCCAAAGCGAUGAUGCACCUCACCAAGCUACCUUGAGCCACGAACUCCUUGGCGGCGCCGUUGCGUUCGAAGCUGCAAAGGCUUACGAAGACCACUGUGCCAAGAAUGGCAAGCCCCAAAGCCACGCUUUGGCUAAGGAACUUUUCGCCGGUUUCGCCGGAGCUGCCGUUGACCGCCUGGUCGAGACGAAGGGUGCUGACGCGUGGUCUGCGCACCAGAGACAGAGAGCUCAAUCGCAUGCUCAAGAGCAGAUCCAGGAAACAUUCACCGAAGAUGUUUACCGGGAGAACUACUAGAUAUACUACGUGUCAAAUAACCUGUACUUGAUACUUCAACCAAAUAACCUGUAUAGCCAUGCAAGACAUUUCAAUUUCAUGGACGAACCAUUUCGUAUAUACAAUGCUAGUGGGAAUACAUGCACAACAACCACAGAU